AUGAAGCCCAACCACGUUUUCGUGUUAACCAUUUCAAUCAUAAUUAGUCUAAUAGCUUUUAUUUCGCUCACUGAAGGCAAAAUAGUAACGAUUGAAAACAAAUUGGACAAAAAUACAGCGGCAAUGGCUGCUGCUCUCACUUAUAUGGGUAGUGGUCGUUAUAAUUGGGGCGAAGACGAUGGUUUGAUCGAUUAUAAUUGGUCAGUUUCUCAUCACGGCUUCGAAUUGUCUAUACCUGAUGAUAUGAUAACUUUUAACCUUGUUUUUGGUGUUGCCGGUUCUAUUAAAGAAGAUAAAUGGUUCGGACCAUUCGAUAAUACUCAGGAUAUCUGUUGGCACUAUCAUGGUCACCAAAAUAAUUGGAAAGUAUAUCCUUGUGGUAGUCAAUAA